UGCAUCUGGCACGCAUGCGCAGUGCCCACCGAGUCAUUUCCUGUCAAGAUGGCGCUGAGCAGAGGAGCAGGGCUGUGGAGGACAUGCAGCAGGUUGUUAGCUAGACAGCCGCUCCUGUUCCCCGCUGCUGUCCGAGCACAGAGCUCUGUGAGCGGGGACCUGGUGCCGCGGACGUCCCUGUCCAGGCCGCCGUGGCCGGAGCUGGUCCCGGUCCCGGAGGAGGAGGAGCGGAGCCGACACGCCGCGGUGGUCAGCACCGUGAACCAGAGGAUCAGCCAGCAGGACUUCGGCCGGCUGUUCGCCGUCGUGCACUUUGCUGGCCGCCAGUGGAAGGUCACCAGCGAGGACCUGAUCCUGAUCGAGAACCACAUCGAGGCGGAGUGCGGGGAGCGGAUCCGGAUGGAGAAGGUGCUGCUGGUCGGCGCGGAGGACUUCACCCUGAUCGGAAGGCCUCUGCUGGGGAAGGAGCUGGUCCGGGUCGAGGCCACCGUGAUCGAGAAGACCGAGUCCUGGCCCAAAGUCUACAUGAGGUUCUGGAAGAGACACCGGUACCAGCACAAGAGGAUGAUCAUCCAGCCGCAGAUGGUGCUGCGGAUCAACAGCAUCGAGCUGGCCCCCAGACUGACAUGAUGAUGAUGAUGAUGAUGAAGAUGAUGAUGAUGAUGAUGAGGAGACAGACUGAGGACUUUCUGUCUGGAUGUAAACAAACAUCUGCAGACACCAGCUGACUGUGACUGCUGUAAAUAAAUCCAUCUUUUUCAACAGAUGGCUGAUAGUUAAAAGUUUCUGUUUCACCAUGAGUUGUUUUUUUUGAGAAUUAAAAAGGUUUUAAAGCCUAAACUUGAA